GGCAUCCAACAGAUACAUGAGCGCGAAUGCCCUCGGCUUAUCAGCGAAAAGACUGUGCGUUCUGUCAGUACUAUGACGCGAAGCACCGCAUUGAUCGUUGUCACUGCGCAGCAUGCUGGCGGCGCCGGUCUUGCCAAGCUGAACGCUCUCCUAUAAAUGACGCCGAUCAAACCACCGCAAACAUGGCACAACCCACGCCGCCGGUCGGACCAUCCCUUGUGGAGAAAAGCAAGGCGUCCAACGCUUCCCCGGGCAGCAACAGCAACGGCCGCUGCGUACACGGCGCUGUGCCGUUCCACCAAUGCAGGCAAUGCGUGCUCCCUCCGUACUUUCAGCGCACGCCUGCACAGUGGGACGGACACGCGGUCGUGUGCGCGCCACGCGACGCACGCCGUGACGGGUGUGGUUGCUCUCCAAGGUGCGCGUGCCGAUGCCGUGGGGUUGAAGCAACACCCCUCCCUCAAUACGCCGCGCAUGAAGUACCAGAAAUGGGCGCGAGAUCCGCACUAUACAUUAAAACGUAG